UUGAUAUCGCUAUAUAUCGUCAGAGUAGGAAAUUAUUUCCUCCGCACUUGAUAAAUAUUAAAUUUAUUAGCACUUUUGUAAGCGACAACUGCCUUUUUUACUCCGCGACUUGGCCGCUUAAGAAAAGACUGCAUCCUUCCGCAUCGACAGCAGGGAUAUAAUCAACGUUCGGCGAAGUGAAAACAUUACGUAGAGGCCGCCACUAGGAAAAAAGAAAGAGGAUCUAAAAAUAUUCUUAAUCGCUGUGAAAGUAGCCAGCCAAUUUGAUUGGGCGAGUGUAUUGAAAUAGCGCCUGAAAUCAACAUUAUUAUUAUUAUUAACUGCAAAGAUGGUUCUCAAAGUCUACGUCAGCGGCAUGUCCGGCAAUAAGGAGGUGAAGAAGCGCCAACAGCGCGUUCUCAUGAUCCUCGACAGCAAGAACAUCCAGUAUGACACGGUGGACAUCACGGAGCCCGGCAAGGAGUCCGAGAAGGAGCUGAUGCAGAACAAAUCGACGAGCAACGGAGGCACUGUCAGCGACCCGGAGCCCCGCCACCCCCUGCCGCCCCAGAUCUUCAACGAUGAGGAGUACUGCGGCGACUAUGAUGCCUUCGACAUGGCCAACGAGAUCGACACCCUGGAGGUGUUCCUCAAGUUGGCGCCAGCAGACACCACGGCGGUUAGCACUGCCCAGAUCGAACUGAAGCAGGAAAAUGGCGAGGCCAAGAAGGAGGAGGCUGAGGCGGAGAAACCGGAGGGUGGAGAGGGCGACACCAAUGGCGAGACAGCGGAGAAGGCGGAGGUUUGAGCUUCAGCUACAUAAUUUGCCCGUAUAUUCCGUUAACUGUUACGAAGCAACAACAAACAGCAGCAUCUGCAAUCAACAGCAAUAGAAUUAACAGCAAACUAUAACAGCUCUUAACAAGAGUUAACAGCAAUAACCCGUAAUGUUAUCUAACAGCACCGACACUACCAACUCUCUCUCUCUCUAUAUUUAUAUUGACAUUAUUUCACAUUAUAAUCCCUUAUAAUCUUUCUAAUUAUCUGGGAUUUGAUGAGAAAUAAUGUUACUUACAUUUUCAAAAUGUGUUUUUAAUUUUUAACGACUGCGGUUCUUAAUCUAAGUUUACGAACGUAUUUAAGCGAGGGCUAUCGAUCAAUUGUGUUAACCCUGAGGAAAAGACAAUUUUAAUCAAAAAAAAUAUAUAUAUUUAUAUUUAUAUUCAUUCAUUGACUUACAUCCAACACCUUUGUAUGUACCAUCUUAUACACCCAUACACCAAUUAGCACUUUUAAGCCUAAGUUGGAUCAAGUUGGAUGAGUGUAGAAUUGAGAUGAAACUUUUGUGCAGCCGUUAUGUUAAUGCUUAAACAUAAAACUACGCUGCCCGUGUAAUAAAACGAAAUAUAUUUGUAUUAACUAAAAAACAAAAAAAGUAUAACCAUCA